GACUGCAGCGUUGAAUGCUGACAUGGCCGCGUCCAUCGCGCUGAGAUUGACUUCUUGGUUCUGUGUUGUUUGUCUUCUUGUGGGGUUUUUAUUUUCUUCGGCCGUCGCACUAAUUGAGGGACUUUACUGCGGUACUCAGAGCUGUUAUGACGUUUUAGGAGUCGCCCGAGACGCAAGUAAAGCGGAGAUCGGACGCGCUUACCGCCAGCUGGCCCGGAGAUAUCACCCGGACAAAUACCAGCCCGGAGACAGCGACGACACGCGAGACACUGCACAGCACAAGUUCUUGCUAAUCGCCACUGCUUACGAGACACUCAAGGAUGAAGAGUUACGGAAGGACUAUGACUACAUGCUGGACCACCCAGAGGAAUACUACAGUCACUAUUACACCUACUACAGGAGAAGACUUGCUCCCAAAGUGGACGUAAGGAUAGUGAUUCUCGUAACUGUUUGUGCAAUCUCAGUGUUUCAGUAUUACAGCUGGUGGAGCAGCUACACGGAAGCCAUCAAUUACCUGAUGACUGUUCCCAGGUAUCGCAUCCAGGCCACUGAACUGGCCAAGCAGCAAGGUCUUCUGAACAAAACCAAAGAGAAGGGCAAGAACCGGCGAUCCAAAGAGGAGAUCCGUGAGGAAGAGGAGCAGAUCAUCAGAGACAUCAUCAAGAACAAGAUAGAUAUCAAGGGGGGCUAUCAGAAGCCCAACAUAUCUGAUAUCCUCUUGUGUAAAAUCAUUCUGUUCCCCUACUAUCUGUUCGCCUACAUGGCAUGGAACUGUUCGUGGUUUUACCGUUUCACCAUCCGUAGGGAGGAGUACGGGGACAAGGAGAAACUUUACAUUAUACGCAAGAACAUGAAGAUGUCGCAGGCUCAGUUUGAUAGUCUGGACAAUAACCUGAUAGACACUUUUCUGAAGAAGCAGCUCUGGAUCAAACAAAACUUUGAGGCCUACAGAGAGGAGCAAGAGGAGGAGAUGAAGAUGAAGAUGGCUUCAGACUCACGAUGGAAACGCUACAGGCGCUGGAUGAAGAGCGAGGGACCUGGCCGCAUCACUUUUGUUGACGACUGACCUCACGCACAUUAUAGAUGCACUUCAUCACAGAUGCACUUCAAACAGCCUGAGUUACUUGUGCGUGAAUACGUACAGCUCUGUUUACAAUGGACCGAAAAUGUGCAUGUGAUUUAUAAGGAUGCCUUUUAAGAUGCAAGGCACUAAAUUAAGAGCUGUUUGUACAUAUGAAGGGUCAUUUGACUUUGCUGUAAUGGUAUAAGAGGAAAUAUUGAGGCCGGUCCUGUGUUCAAAUCAUAAAAUAAUCAAAUAAAGUGGAAUUUUGAUCACAUGCAACAGAAACCCAUUUGCAAACUGUUUAUUUUAAAUACUGGAGCUCUCUCAGUUCAAUUCAAUGUGCUUUAUUGGUAUGACAAAAUGUUUGUAUUACCAAAGCAAUAAUACAGAAAAACAGAACAAGAAUAACAAACUGAACUAUAACAAUAAAACUGAACAAGGUCUACAACAUGAAAACAGUAAUAGCUAUAAAGAAAUACAUCUUUACAUUAAUAUAUUAUGCUUUUAAUUCUGGUGGUCCCUCAGGGUAUUACAGGAUACAAAACAUCUUGCAGCUAUAUUUGCACAUCGUUCUUUUUCACCUAGAAUAAAAAAAAUAAAAAAUAAAAUUUUUGUGUUGGGGUACAUUCAUUGAAGUCAGAGGAUAUAUUGUCAAUUUUGAUAAUAUUUGUUUCUAAAUGAUUGGUAUUUAGGGCAUUCUGUGAGAAAGUGCAGCUCUGUUUCAAUCACUCCCAAGUUCCAUUGGGAGCACAGUCUGUCUUUGCGGAGCAGCCAGGUCUGUCUGCAGCAGGCCAUCUCUGUACAUUGUCAGUGCUUUUCUUAACUUUGUCAAUUACUGUGGUCAGACAGUUUGCAAUUGUGUACUCUUGAUUUAAUGGCAAAUAGCAUUCCAAUUUGUGUUGAGUUUUAAUGGUGUUUGUCCAGUACAUGAUAUACCUGUGUUUUCCCUUUUCUUUGUGUAUAAUUUGGUUAGACCGAAUGUUUGUGAGUGUGAGGUUGUCCUGAGACUGGCUGAUCUCCUCAGGUGUGAGUUCAGUCAGUCUCGGGAUAAGGUGGUAGAGAGGACUUUUUACUAAGCUCAGCUCUUGGUAUUUAAGGGCUUUAUAAUAGUAUAUCUUGGGGUCAUAUGUUUUUAGUUGCUUCCAGAAUUUGAAUGUUUUUGAAUGUUCAAAAGGUAGGGUAUUGGCCUAAUUCUGCCCUGCAUCCAUUAUCUGGGGCUUUUCUUUGGACAUGAAUAAUUAUUUUGCUAAAUUCCAAAUGUAGUGUUUCAGUGAGAUGUUUUUCCCAGUUUAACAAGUCAGAUUUUAUAGAUGGACCCCAGACCUCACUGCCAUAUAAUGUAAUUGCAUCAAAAGCCCUUUUUGUUUUCUCUUUGAGUUAAUUCACAGCCAAAGCUAAAUCAUCUGUAGAACUGAUUUUUAGUCCAAGGUAAGUGUAUGUUUUUUGUGAUUUCAAUGUUUCUAUUUGAUAAUGAAAAUGUGUUUGUUAGUCCAUGAGAUCUGGAUCGCUUUUGGAAGUUUAUAAAGUUUUUAAUGGUUACUGUCAGGGCCCAGGUCUGACAGUAAUUCUCCAGUACUGCCAGGCUCUGCUGUAGCCCUUCUUUAGUGGGCGACAGGAGAACCAGGUCAUCUGUGUAGAGGAGACAGUUUAUCUCUCUAUACCAUGUAGAAUGAGACCAUGAAUGGGAGAUUGUUCAGUUAUUUGUGUCAAUUGAUUUACAUAGAGCUAGAAUAUAAGCCCUACCCUAUUCAGCUUUGUCUCCAUGCUGCUGAAUUUUUAUUUAUUUUUUGGUUCUUUUAUUGCCAUUUUUAACAGCACAUUGCCUGGCUGUACAUUGAUUUGAUAUGCUUUUUCCCCUACACUGUUGUCAAUAAGUUUUAAGUAGAAUCCUUCACGCCAGAUUGAAUCAAAUGCUAUCUUAAAAUCUACUAAAACAAGCAAAAAUUGGACUUUCAUUUUGAUGUAUAUUUUUAUAAAUUAGGUGAAAAUGUGAUCAGAUGUGCAACAAUUUGGAGGGAAUCCAAUUUGACAUUUACUCAAGGUACUCCUUGAUGAAUUAACUAACUUUUUAAAUUGUCGAGAAUAAAUUUUUUAUUGCUAAAGCAGACAGCAACUCUAAACGGGUAAACCGCACCUAUUUAUUAUUGAUUUUGUAUUUUAAAAGCGUUGACGAGCAGCUUAAAAUAUGUUCUAUUACAGUUUUUUUUUUUUUUAAAUGCAAAAUAAAAAGUCAAAAAAUUUUGGGCAGCAAAAUUAUUUGUUUAUAAUUUAAUUAGAUUGGGUGGCCAGACGUCCUGGUGUCAUGAUCAGUUGUGUCCGCUCAUAAAAUAGUGUCCCCAGGGGGUAACCGAUCAGGACACAAUGGUUUUUCCAUCCUAAUUGCUGAUGGUCAUAAAAGAUUGUAAGGUGUGUAAAUAUGUAAAAUAUUUUGUAAUAUUGUGGUUCAGUAAUUCUGUAGCAGAUAUGCCAUAUGUAAGCUAACUGAAAAACACCGAAAAAGAAAUGUUUAAUUUCAUGAUCUAUAGCUAUGGUAAUAUACUAUUAUGUGCAACAAAUUAUUUAAAAGUUAUCAAAUGUCAUAUUUAAAAUUGACAUACAGCAUAAAAGGAUUUUGUAGGAUUUUUACUCAGGCAGUGAAUAUAGUACUCAUUAAAAGUCCUAUGAGCAAAUGGAAUCACUAGAAAUUGCUAUGACCCUAAAAUUCUGUUAACUACAUAGUUAAACUGACUUUAAGUCUAGACUAAAGACUCUAUUUAAGAUCUGUUUAGCCAGGAAUACACCUAAUUUAUCCAGCAACUCAAAAUUAGGCUGCUUUGGUCUGCCGGAACCAGACACAAUUCUCAUAAUCUAUACCUGCAAUAAAUUGAAUGGCAUCUAUUCUAAUAUUAUACUAUUUGUUUCCCUGUCUCAACCUUGGGAUUCAUAUCCUGAGGUUACCAGAUCCGGCUCUGUUCCUGCUUGGUGUCAGACUCCACUGCUAUGUGUCACUGAGUGAUGAAGACAAACUACAGCCGGUACUAGCCAGACAUCACUUCAGUCUUUUAUGAUGGACUUUAGAGGAUGAACUGAUGCCAACUCCAACUGUAAGACAUCGGAUACUUCAUAUGCCAAUGCCUGAAACUUGGACUUAGGAUGGACCCCAACGAACCUCACCAAAUGACCUGCUGUUUGAACUGCGAUGCACCUCAUUGAUCUCUGCCUGCCUCACCUUUGUCUACUGAUGGACUACACUCUUGAAAUGGAAUACAUAGACUAUCAAUUAAUUGCCAACAAAAGCCUUCAUCCGCCAACUAACAAAGGACAAUGCAUCUAUGUGAACUUCUGCAGCUAAUCCAGGAUGGACUUUAAAUACAUUAGAAUCAGAAUGAGCUUUAUUGCCAUGUAUGCUUACACAUACAAGGAAUUUGUCUUGGUGACAGGAGCUUCCAGUACAAAACAAUACAAAAACAGCAACAAGACUUUUAAAAAAUAAUUAAAAUUGAAUAAAAAAUAAAUAUUGAAAAGCAAAAAGUAUAUAUAGAAUACACAAUAGAUAUAUUAUAUAUAUUAUACACACACACACAUACAUACAUACAUAUAUAUACACUACCGGUCAAAAGUUUUGAAACACUUGACUGAAAUGUUUCUCAUGAUCUUAAAAGUCUUUUGAUCUGAAGAAUUUUUUCCCCCUCCACAUUUUAGAAUAAUAGUAAAGUCAUCAAAACUAUGGAAUAACAUAAAUGGAACUAUGGGAAUUAUGUUGUGACUAAACAAAAUCCAAAAUAAAUUAAAACUGUGUUAUA